AUGCUGCGUUCCCUAGUCGACGCACUAGCCGUCUCUCCCACGGCAGAAACAAAGUCAUCUGUCUGGAUUAACAAUGAUAUCCGUCCCCUGCCACCCUCGCGACGGUCCUGGGACAGAUUCUCCUACAUUUCCUUCUGGGCAAUCAAUCAAAUCUGCUUGUCGAACUUCCAAAUCGGUUCGUCUCUCGUUGCCAUCGGCCUUUCUGUCUGGCAGGCCGUCAUCGCCAUCAUUCUCGGCAAGAUUAUCGUCGCUCUGGUCGCUAUCUUCAACGGCUAUGUUGGGGCUACAUGGCACAUAGGUUUCCCAGUCUGGUCUCGUGUUGUAUGGGGUAUAUACGGAUCGUAUGUGGCUCUUAUUCAGAGGGUCUUUUUCUUUCUCUGGCAGGCCACACAGGCAUGGACCGGUGGUCUUUGCGUCACAGCUGUGUUGAGUGCCAUUUUCUCGGGGUUUCAACAUCUUGAAAACACGUUUCCAGCAUCGUCCCAUCUUACGACGAAGGACUUCAUUGGCUGGGUUAUUUACAACCUCAUCACCAUCCCCAUUCUAUGGGUGCCUCCAGAAAAGGCGAACAAGCCACUCGUUGUCAUGAAUGCUGCAACCCCAAUGACAUCCAGCCAGCUGGGGUGGGCGAUUGUCCAAGGCGUUACCACAGUCAUCGGUAAUAUCGCAGUCGGCCUGACCAAUCAGCCAGACUACUCUCGAUUUGCGCGAAAACCGGGCGAUCAGGUGUUUGGACAAUGGUUUUCGAUCAUUUUCCUCGGCGUACUUCUCCCCGUGUUUGGAUGUCUGACAUCCUCUGCCUCUCUCCAGAUAUACGGAGAAGCGAUAUGGAAUCCACCGAACCUAGCUCUGAAAUGGAUGGACACGGACUACAACGCCAAGUCAAGAGCAGCAGCUUUCUUCGCCGGUGAAUGGAUCUGA